AUGAGUCCUUCCCUGCAAGACGAGGUCUCGUCUCAGGAACACUCCCAAGACGCUUCCCACUAUCCAGUCGACGAGAAGAAGGCCCCCGUGGAUGUCGGCACCGAGGCAGGGAACUUUGAGUCGGGCGAGGAGGAAGAAGAAUCGAUCCAUCAUCCGGCGGAUAAAGAUGAUAUCUUGACACACACUCUGCAUCUUCAAGAUGACCCUACGUUGUCUUCGCUUACCUUCCGUACUUGGUUUUUAGGUAUUGGUCUUGCAGUUUUCGGCGGUACCAUCUCUUCGAUCUACUACUUCAAGCCGCAAACCGUGGUGGUGUCGACUGUUUUCGUGGCCGUCAUCGCAUAUCUCAUGGGGGAGGGUAUGGCAAUGGUAAUCCCCAGAAAGGGGGCGAUUGGAAGAUGGCUCAACCCGCAUCCGUUCAAUAUCAAGGAGCAUCUGGCGAUCAUCGUCAUGGCGAAUUCCGCCAGUACCGCUGCGCUCGGCAUCGAGCUUCUCGCCGUGGAACGGCUGUACUACGACGCCAAGCUCAACGGCGCCCUGUCCAUCUUCUUGCUCUUCUCCUCGCAGAUGCUGGGCUACGGUCUCGGCGGCCUGAUGCGCAAAACUCUGGUCUACCCGAAAAACAUGCUGUGGCCCUCGAACAUCCCCGUCAACAACAUGCUAGAAACGUUGCAUCGCCCUCGAGCCGAGACUAGGAAGCCCCUCAAGGUGUUUGGCUUUGUCUUCACCGCCAUCUUCCUCUGGGAGAUCGUGCCCGAAUGGAUCAUGCCCAUCCUGACCGGUGUAAGCAUCUUCUGUCUGGCGAACCAGAAAAGCGCCGUGUUCACCAACGUCUUCGGCGGCGCCAGUGGAAACGAAGGGCUCGGCCUCUUUUCCUUCUGCUUCGACUGGGAUUACAUUUCCGGAGGCUACUCGCCCCUCUAUUACCCGAUGGAGAGUCUCAUCAGCCAGGGCGUCGGCGUCAUUCUGUGCAUCGUCGUCUUCAGCGGAGUCUACUAUGGCAACAUCUGGAACGCCCAGAACUUCCCGUUCCUGUCGCAGGUGCUCUUCAGCGAGAACGCAACCAUGGCGGAUCAGCUGCAAUGGAACCAGACGCUGGUGAUCGGAGCCGACAACCGCAUCGACAAAGAAGCCCUGGCCUUGGUGGGCUUGCCGUCGUUUGCCGCAACAUACGCCGUCAACAUCCUGGUGUCCAACAUGUCUAUCUCGGCGGGAAUUGUCCACAUGUUGCUGUGGAACUGGAACGACAUGCAGGCUGCCCUAAGCGCGUUUUACCCAAGCAAUCUGAAACGGAAAUUCAACCCCAAGAACUGGAAUCUGACCUUCUGGAAAUCCGAGGCCACGGUCGAGCCCAACGAGGAAAACUAUGACCCGCACUACAAGCUGAUGAUGUCGUACAAGCCCGUUCCGAACUGGUGGUACUCUCUCGUGCUGGUGCUGUCUGUCGUCAUAGGCCUGAUCUGUCUCUACAAGGGCGACUCAACUUUGCCGUGGUGGGGAUUCCUGGUGUCUUGUUUGGUCGCAUGGGUGUUCCUGUUGAUUUUUGGAGCCAUGCAAGCGGUGACCGGCAUUGCCUUCAUCAUCCAGCCCAUAGUUCAAUUGAUCGGAGGGUACAUCCAGCCCGGCAAUCCUGUUGCAAACAUGUACUUCUGUCUUUACGGGUAUAAUUCCGUAACCCAAGGAGCUUUGCUAUGUACCGACCUCAAACUGGCUCAAUACGGCCAUCUGGCCCCUCGUGUGACUUUCACGAUGCAGAUGAUCGGCACGCUGGUCGGUGCCAUCUUCAACUACAUCAUGAUGAACAGCAUUGUCACCAAUCAGCGAGAGAUUCUCCUCUCAGUUGAAGGUACCAACAUCUGGUCCGGCCAACAGCCCCAACAAUACAACACUUUAUCUGUCGCAUGGGGAGGACUCGCGCACGAGCUGUUCUCCGUGGGAGGCCGGUACGAAUGGUGCAGCCUGGCGAUCAUCGUGGGGUUCUUCGCGCCGCUGCCCUUCUGGUUGAUCCACAAGAAAUUCCCCUCGCUGGGGAUGAACAACGUCAACACCUCGGUGAUGAUCUACUACGUCUCGUAUCUGUGCGUGGGCAUCAACUCGUCCGUGAUGAUGUUCUUCCUCCUCGGGUUCGCUUCGCAGUGGUACCUGCGCCGCUACCACCCCAACCUCUUCAUCAAAUACAACUAUCUCGUCUCCGCGGCGCUCGACGGCGGCACCUCCGUCAUCGUCUUCAUCAUGUCCUUUGCUCUCUUUGGGGCCGCGGGCAACGCCGUUUCCUUUCCCAUCUAUUGGGGGAACAAUUCAAAUGGUAACUACGACUUGUGUCUUUAUACUGAUUAG